CAACAAUGUAAACAUGUUAUAAAUGUUCAAUAUAUGUUCAAUAAAUUUUCAUUGAUUUUAUAUUAUUAUUGAACUUGAAUGGGGCAAUGCAAUAUUGCAUUAAUAUACAAAAUACAAAAAGCGGAGAAAAGGAAGACAAUUGAAAAGGUGGGAGGACCUGCAACCAUAUUUUGAAGAGGACGAAUGGAGAGGAAAUAUGUAGAGGAGGCCUUAACCCAGAAAUAGCAAAAAGACUUAAUGUUGGUAUCGCAUCACUGUCUAUAGACAGUAAUCCUUCAGGAAAAUGGGCAAUUGGAGUAUUGUUGAGUUUUACAAAAAUAACAUUCACUCAGGUGGUAGGUCCAUUAGGCGGCGGCUUCCUCAACUACCCGCCCCAGUUUCCAGCAGUCUACGGUGUAGGGCAGGUGCAUCAGUUCAUGGCAGUACCUGUCAUUCAACCAAUGCCAACCACAACACCAACUACGACGACGACGACGACCACAGAAAGAAGCCAAGCAGUAGCUUUGCCGUUUCCGGUGCCGAUGCCGAUGCCCGUGCAGGUUGCAAUACCGUUUCCUCAACUUCCAUUCCAAUGCCAAGGAUCACCGAGACCAAAAGGCUGUCCACCUUGUCCACCGUGUGUCUGCAUGCCAUCAUGUACGCCAGCGUUUUUUUCCUAUUGUUCUCCAUGUCACUUGAAAUGCAGAUGUCCUAAACGAGAAGAUACCCCCAUUCCUUUACCGCCUCCUCAAUAUCCCAUGGUCCCCUUUGUUCCAGCUCCACCUCCCGUUAUGAUAUUUCCAUUUCCAAUGAUGCCAAAAAGACCACAACCAGAAUCAGAUACUAGUUCUUGCACUUCUGUUGAAUCUAGUAGUAGCGAAUGUGAAUAUAAAAAUGCUGGUAUAAAACUGAAACGUCGCAGACCACGUAGACCACGUAAUUUAAGAAGACAAGGUAAAGAAUUAGAAAGUGAUAGUGAUAUAGUAAAACCAGAACUAACUUAUAUUUCUAAAAAUGGUGAGGUCAAAUAUAAAAAGAAACUGACAAACGAUGAAGCGGAAGAAUUACUAAGAGGAAGGAAGAAUGAUCGAAAGGAAUACCAAUUUAUAAGAGUAACAGCUGUAAAUGGCCCUGCUAAAAGAAAGAGUAAUGAACUGAACAGAAAUAUGGGAAAAUACAGAGAAGUACUGCUCAGAGAUCGGCCUACAGUUCACGACCUGGACAGUGGUAGGAAAGAGCUUGUGUUUAGAGCGCCGGUGGACAAAACCUUAAGCAAUUUAUCAAUCUCGUUUCAAAUAACUUAGCGUUGCUUUCCUAAUUAUUACUUUUAUUUAUAAUAAAUGUUUUCUAUUAUUUUA